AUGAGGACCUUAUCUUGGAACUGUCAAGGGGUGGGAGCCAAGUUGACUCGCCGCCGACUAGGGGAACUUUGUAGAAAGUAUUCACCUAGUUUUUUGUUUUUAUCGGAAACUAAAAACGAUAAGUUUUUUCUGCAAAAUGUGCAAGUAGAGUUAGGCUUUGAUAAUCUCCAAACGGUUGACCCGGAUGGCUUUAGUGGAGGUCUAGCUCUAUUAUAUUCGAAGGAUUAUCCGGUUAAGUUUUUAUUGUUAGAUGACCGGAUUAUUGAUAUCGAAACUAUUAUUAAUGGAAAUCGGGUAUUUAUGACUUUUAUUUAUGGAGACCCAGUUGUUGCAAACCGUGAAUAUGUUUGGGAAAGACUUAAUCGGAUUGGUAUAACAAGAUCCGAAGCAUGGUUUAUCAUUGGGGAUUUCAAUGAGAUUACGGGGAAUCAUGAAAAACGAGGGGGAAAGAAAAGAUCCGAGGCCUCUUUCCUCCCCUUCCGCAACAUGAUACAUGCUUGUGGUUUGAUUGAUUUCCCUUUCCAAGGGAAUCAUUUUUCCUGGAUAGGCCAAAGAACAAAUGGACAAAUCCGAUGUAGACUUGACCGGGCAAUGGGAAAUGAAGAAUGGCACCAUAUUUUUUCCCACACAAAUGUGGAGUAUUUGAAAAUGUGGGGAUCCGAUCAUCGCCCGCUUUUGGCUAUUAUCCAAGAUCGACCCAAAAAAUACUUUCGAAGAUUUAUGUUUGACAAAAGAUGGGUGGAUAAACCGGGUUUUCGAGAGGUUGUUUCGGAAGGCUGGAGCGCCUCAAACCCACAAGACAAUACCCAUUUUAUGGGGCGAAUUCAGAAUUGCCGACGAUUAAUCUCUCACUGGAGGAAAUCUAGUAAGUCAAACUCAGAGUUGCUUAUUAAAGAUCUCCAGGAUAAGAUUGACGAAGCUAACAAUGAUGAUAAUGUUUCCGCAUCUUCCAUCCUUGAUCUUAAAUGGAGGUUAUGCGAGGCUUACAGAGAGGAAGAAGCUUACUGGCAACAAAAAAGUAGAGAAACUUGGCUUCUUGAAGUCCCUGUUUUAGUAACCCCCUCCAUGAAUGUUUCCCUCACCCGAGAGAUAACAGAAGAGGAGGUUAAGAGAGCGUUAUUCUCCUUACAUCCAACAAAGACUCCGGGCCCGGACGGAAUGACAGCAUUAUUCUACCAGAAAUUCUGGGACGUAAUAAAGAAGGAUCUCACCACCUUGGUUAAGAACUUCUUUACUUCUGGCAUCUUCGAUGGCAAGAUUAACGAGACUAAUAUUUGCCUUAUCCCUAAAGGUGAUAGACCGAGGGAGAUGGCAGGAUUCCGGCCGAUCAGCUUAUGCAAUGUAAGCUAUAAAGUAAUCUCGAAGAUUUUGAGUUUACGUCUAAAGAAGUAUCUCCCGGACUUAAUUUCGGAGACCCAAUCUGCCUUUGUGGCAGGUCGAUUAAUUACUGACAAUAUCCUCAUUGCUCAGGAAAAUUUCCAUGCGCUCCGCUCCAACCCAACGAAUCGAAAAAAAUUCAUGGCUAUUAAAACAGACAUGAGUAAGGCCUAUGAUAGAGUGGAGUGGAAGUUUCUUCAGGUGCUAAUGGAAAAAAUGGGUUUCGAUCAUCGCUGGAUUGGAUGGAUUAUGCAAUGUAUUACAUCCGUAUCCUAUCGAGUAAUGCUCAACGGUGAGCCUAAAGGCCGCAUUCGGCCCAAGAGAGGAAUCCGCCAAGGAGACCCCAUUUCUCCGUACCUGUUUAUUUUUUGUACGGAAGCCCUCAUCGCUCAAUUGAGACAUGCCGAGAGGAUUGGUACAAUCCAAGGGCUGAGGGUGGCGUGUGCCUCCCCUCGGGUUUCUCACCUCCUCUUUGCAGAUGAUAGUCUUUUCUUCUGCAAGGCUGAUCCCCAACAAAUUAAUUCUGUAAUUGAGAUCAUUCGAUCUUACGGUAGCGCCUCUGGGCAAGAAAUAAACUUUGCCAAAUCUUCUGUCAUGUUUGGCAAUGAUGUGGAUCCCAACCUACGACAAGAAAUCAAAUCAAUUUUGGGGAUAUCGCAAGAAGGUGCGAUUUGCACCAAGUUAAAUAGUGCGAUGGCUCGUUUUUGGUGGAGUAAUAAAGCAGACUGUAAAGGCAUCCAUUGGAUUUCCUGGGACCAAGUCUGCUCGCACUUUUCGGAGGGCGGCCUAGGAUUCCGUGUCCUGGAAGAUUUUAAUUACGCUCUGUUAGCAAAGCAAUUAUGGCGUCUACUCCGCUAUCCAGAUGCCCUACUUAGUAGGGUGUUGAAGGGUCGCUAUUUUCGGUAUAGUAGCCCAUUGGAAAUUUCUACCUCCAAUCGGCCGUCCUAUGGCUGGCGAAGUAUGCUUGCCGCCAAAGAUGUCCUUAACUCCGGCAUUAGGAAAAAUAUAGGCUCUGGUUUUCAAACCUAUAUUUGGACAGAUCCGUGGAUCCCGGAUGUCCGUCCCCGUCCUCCAAUUGGAUUAGGGGACGACAGGAACCCAUUGGUGAGUGUUUCUACUCUCAUCGACCCAGAAUCCAAACGAUGGCGAGUCGAUAAGCUCCGGGAACUUUUCCCCCCGAAAGAAAUUACCCUGAUUAUGGGAAUUAAACCGAGUAUAAAUAGAACCAUUGACACUUAUAGUUGGUCCCUCACUAAAUCUGGGAACUAUACUGUUAAAUCCGGUUAUGAGGCUGCGAGAUUGUUAUCUCGUCCUUCUUGCGACCUCCCUUUUCAGGGACCCUGUGUCACGGCACUUAAGGCGCAAGCUUGGAAAUUGAAAACCACACGGAAGUUAAAACAUCUAGUGUGGCAAUGUGUGACAGGAUGCCUUGCUACUUGUCAAAGGUUACAUUUUCGCCACAUCGGCAGAGAUAAAGAAUGUCCCCGUUGUGGGGCAGAGGAAGAAACGAUCAACCAUUUAUUUUUUGAAUGCCCCCCGGCUCGACAAGUGUGGGCCCUUUCACCUAUUCCAACAGACCCGUCGGUGUUCCCCCUUUCUUCUUUGUAUGGUAAUCUUGAUUUCCUAUUCUGGAGAGGAAAAGAAGGUGGUGUCAUCGAGGCGGAUUUAAGCGUUUUUCCAUGGUAUAUGUGGUAUAUUUGGAAAGCGCGGAAUAAACUGAUCUUCGAGAAUGUUUCGGAGCUACCCCAAGAUACGAAGGAUAAAGCAAUUCAAGAGGAAACACUUUGGAGAAAAGCUAAUACAUUGGUAGCCUUACCUAGUGUGCGGACACUUAGGGAUGACGAAUGGAUUCCACCAACGAACGCGUUGGUGUGUUAUGUUGAUGGAUCUUGGCACGAGAAGGAUAGGAGGAGUGGUCAUGGUUGGAUAGCUUCCAUUGGUAAUAGGACUUUCCAACUAGGUUUGCGUUGCUCCCCACGAAGUCUUUCGCCCAUCCAUGCAGAAUUAGAUACUCUCCUUUGGGCAAUGAAAUGUCUGAGCAAUCUAUUGGUGGUUCAAGUUACAAUUGCAACGGAUUGCUUGGAUUUGGUUAGAAUGAUGGCAAACGAUGAGGAUUGGCCGGCCUUUGCUUCAGAGAUUCGAGACUACAAGGAACUUAGAGCCUCAUUUCUGGAGUUCAAUUUAAAACAUAUUUCUAGGCUUAAAAAUAUCAGUGCCGAUAAACUUGCGAAAUGUGCAAGAUUACGCGGUUACUGCUUUUCCCAUGUAGGUUUGUCGGUACCUGUUUGGCUCUCUCACGAAGAGAAUCAAUUCCGAUAAACUAGUGUAUGGGGUUCGUCGGCAAAAAAAAAAAAAAAAAAAAAAA